AAUGGUUUGAAAAUUUAUGAAGACGUUUUAGAUGAAAAUUGGAAAUAUUAUGAUGAGGGUGGAUUAUGUGGUGAAUGGGUUAGAACUAAGGAUUGUAAAGAUAAAGGAAAUGUUAUACUUUAUUUUUUUGGUGGCGGUUAUUAUAUGGGUUGUAGUAAACAAGCUCGCUCUCUUACUUCAUUUGACUAUCGUCUUGGUCCAAAAUAUCAAUUUCCUGCUCAACUAUGUGAUGCUGUAGCUGCUUAUUUAUAUCUUAUUAAUCCUGGUCCAGACUCAGGCUUUGAACCAAUUGAUCCUAAAAAAAUUAUAUUUGCUGGAUCUAGUGCUGGCGGUGGAUUGGCCAUGGGUACUGCGGUAUUUAUUCGUGAUGUUGGUUUACCAUCACCUGCUGGAAUUGUUUUAUGGUCUCCUUGGGUAGAUUUAACAUCUAGCAUGCCAUCAUUCUGGAACCAUGAUAUGGAUAAAACUGAUCAUGUUCCUAGAAAGUUAAUCUUUCCUAAGCUCGGUCCACCAUGUCCCAUGUCAAUUGAAUAUCUUGAACGUGUUAAAAUUGUUUCGGAAAGAAUUAAACAAAAAAAGCCAAAAGUGGUCGGUCAUUCUUCUUUUACUAAAUUUCCAAGAAUUAGAAUGUAUUGUGCGAAUGAAGCUUUGGCUAUCCCUUAUGUUAGUCCAAUGUUGGCUGAGAGUUUGGGAAAUUUACCUCCUAUUUUAAUGCAAGUAGGUGGUGGUGAUAGGUUACGAGAUGCUGGAGUUUUGUUAAGCUUUAGAGCCUCAGAUCCUUGCAAAUAUCAAGUACCCAAAUUUGCUACUGAAAAUUUUGAAAAUUCUCCAUUUAAGAAACCAACAGAAGUUACACUUGAAGUUUAUGAUGAAGCUUGUCACUGUUUUAUGCCUUUUGAAAAAAUUGCUCAGUUUUCAAUGCAAAGGGCUGUUGAUUUCAUUAAAUAUCAUACACUUGAAAAAGAUGGUUCUAAUUCUGUUCAGACAACUAUUAAUGCAAUUGCAAUUAGUCCUGAUUGCGAAAUUAGAGAAUUAGAUGAGGAAUAUAAGGAUUGUUUAAAGUAUGAAAAUAUUGGUGCAUUACUAGAUGAGGAAGAAUAG